UGCAUUGACAGCAUAUCCUAUGGAGGGGUAGUUUCCAAGCUAAAAUGUAAGUAGUGCCACUAACAGUGAUAGCAGGUACCAGGACUCUGUUGCACAGGUGCUAUUUCCAUACUUGUAACUCUGGGACCUUCUCUGGGGAAGAGGCUGGUCAGACCUAUCGCCAUAACCCAAGCACGGGCUAUGUGCUCAAGGCUGAUGGAAAGUGGUUGGAACAAUUCAGGCGUUGGAGGGACUUCCAGAAAAGCCGCAUGCCUGAAAAGUGAGUUUUCUGGCUUCCAAUUAUUUUGAGGCAAAAGGCAAAUUUUGCCCAUCCACUGAGCUCCACAUUUCUUCCCUCCCAAGGCCCUUCUUGAACACACCUUAGAAGGUGACAAAUCGUACAUGAGGCCACAGAGUGGCUGCUAUUCACUUUGUCCCACUGUGGACCCCUGUCAGUCCCAGGUCCCAGCUGCCCGGUGAAGCCCUGAGCAUGAGCUGCAGGAAGGGGCGGAACCGAAAAGCCGCGGAACCCGAGGCCAGGGCGCGGCGCCGGCGGAGGGAGAAGUUAGGGGACCGGAAGGCCUACUUCCCAGGAGGCGGCGGCGGCGGUGGUGGUGGCCGCGGUGGCGGCGGCGCGGGAAUGGAACCCCUGCGGGUGCUGGAACUGUACAGCGGCGUGGGUGGCAUGCACCAGGCGCUGAGAGAAAGCGGUAUACCUGCACAUGUGGUGGCUGCCAUUGAUGUGAACGAUGUUGCUAAUGAAGUAUACAAAUAUAAUUUUCCUCAAACACAGUUAUUAGCCAAGACAAUUGAAGGCAUUACAUUAGAAGAGUUUGACAGAUUAUCUUUCAAUAUGAUUUUAAUGAGCCCUCCUUGUCAGCCAUUCACAAGAAUUGGUCUGCAAGGUGAUGUGACUGAUCCAAGGACGAAUAGCUUCUUAUAUAUUCUAAAUAUUCUCCCAAGGUUACAAGCAUUACCGAAGUAUAUUCUUUUAGAAAAUGUUAAAGGUUUUGAAGUAUCUUCUGCAAGAGACCUGUUAAUAAAAACAAUAGAAAAUUGUGGCUUUCAGUACCAAGAAUUUCUAUUAUCACCAACCUCUCUUGGCAUUCCAAAUUCAAGGCUACGGUAUUUCCUUAUUGCAAAGCUUCAGGCAGAGCCAUUACCUUUUCAAGCCCCUGGUCAGGUACUGAUGGAGUUUCCCAAAAUGGAAUCUGAACAUCCUCAACAACAUGCAAAAGAUGCAGUAAAUAAAAUUGAAGAAAAGAAAGUUGAACCAAAUGUUUGCUUUGAUAGCAGCAGACAGUGUUUAGGAAAAGAAGCCAUUCUUUUUAAACUUGAAACUGCAGAGGAAAUUGACCGGAAGUAUCAACAGGACAGUGAUCUCUCUGUACAAAUGCUAAAAGAUUUUCUUGAAGAUGAUAUUGACAUGAAUCAAUACUUUUUACCACCAAAGUCAUUGCUGCGUUAUGCUCUUUUGUUUGACAUUGUUAAGCCCACUUGCAGAAGGUCCAUGUGCUUUACAAAAGGUUAUGGGAGGUACAUAGAAGGGACAGGAUCUGUAUUACAGACUGCAGAGGAUGUGCAGAUUGAGAAUAUCUACAAAUCUCUUACCAAUUUGUCACAAGAAGAAAAGAUAACAAAAUUGUUAAUGCUUAAACUUCGAUAUUUUACUCCUAAAGAAAUUGCAAAUCUUCUUGGAUUUCCUCCAGAAUUUGGAUUUCCUGAGAAUAUAACAGUGAAACAGCGUUAUCGACUACUUGGAAAUAGUCUCAACGUACAUGUAGUAGCUAAACUAAUCAAAGUACUAUAUGGAUAAUCUUAAAUAACUUUGAAAGAUGGUCACAAUAUUCCUUCAUAUCCAGACGGUAAUUCUGAAAUUCUAGUUUAAUUAAUUUUGACAAAAUUUAACCAAAUUAACUUAAUCUCUCAUAAUAAUUUUGAAUGUAUCACAAAAAUGCCAAUUUGUUUCCUUACAUUUAUAUUACUGUCUUUUGUAAAGUGAAAUUAUUGUUAUUCUUUA